CGGCCGGCGCGCUCCUCCCCUUUAAAGGGCGGGGCCUCGGGGCGCGGCUCGCGUCGGCCGGCAGAAACGCGGCUUAAAGGCGACGCGUGGCGCGAUGGCGGCGGGCGCGCUGCUGGCCGGGCUGCUGGGCGCGCUGCUGAUCGCGCUGUCGCCCCGGGGCCCGCCCGGCGCCGCCGCCUACUUCCCCGAGGAGCGCUGGAGCCCCGAGUCGCCGCUGCAGGCCCCGCGCGUCCUCAUCGCGCUGCUGGCCCGCAACUCGGCCCACGCGCUGCCGGCCACGCUGGGCGCCCUGGAGAGGCUGCGGCACCCGCGGGAGCGCACGGCGCUGUGGGUGGCCACAGACCACAACGCGGACAACACGACGGCCGUGUUACGGGAGUGGCUGGUGGCCGUGCAGAGCGGGUACCACUCGGUGGAGUGGCGGCCAGCCGAGGAGCCCCGGUCCUACCCGGACGAGGAGGGCCCCAAGCACUGGUCCGACUCCCGCUAUGAGCACGUCAUGAAGUUGCGCCAGGCGGCCCUCAAGUCUGCCCGGGACAUGUGGGCCGACUAUAUCCUGUAUGUAGAUGCUGACAACCUGCUCCUGCACCCGGACACGCUGAGCCUGCUCAUAGCUGAGAACAAGACGGUGGUGGCCCCGAUGCUGGACUCGCGUGCUGCAUAUUCCAACUUCUGGUGCGGGAUGACCUCCCAGGGCUACUACCGGCGCACGCCCGCCUACAUCCCCAUCCGCAAACGGGAGCGCCGCGGCUGCUUCGCGGUGCCCAUGGUGCACUCGACCUUCCUCGUGGACCUGCGCAAGGCCGCCUCGCGCCACCUGGCCUUCUACCCGCCCCACCCCGACUACACGUGGGCCUUCGAUGACAUCAUUGUCUUCGCCUUCUCCUGCAAGCAGGCGGACGUGCAGAUGUACGUGUGCAAUAAGGAGGUGUAUGGCUUCCUGCCCGUGCCGCUGCGCGCCCACAGCUCCCUGCAGGACGAGGCGGAGAGCUUCAUGCACACGCAGCUGGAGGUGAUGGUGAAGCACCCCCCGGUGGAGCCCUCACGCUUCAUCUCUGUGCCCGCCAAGACGCCGGACAAGAUGGGCUUCGAUGAGGUCUUCAUGAUCAACCUGAAGCGGCGGCAGGACCGGCGGGAGCGCAUGCUGCGGGCGCUGCAGGAGCAAGAGAUUGAGUGCCGGCUGGUGGAGGCCGUGGACGGCAAGACCAUGAACGCAAGCCAGGUGGAGGCUCUGGGCAUCCAGAUGCUGCCAGGCUACAAGGACCCCUACCACGGCCGGCCACUCACCAAGGGCGAGCUGGGCUGCUUCCUGAGCCACUACAACAUCUGGAAGGAGGUGGUCGACCGCGGCCUGCAGAAGUCGCUGGUGUUUGAGGAUGACCUUCGCUUCGAGAUCUUCUUUAAGAGGCGUCUGAUGAACCUCCUGCGGGACGUGGAGCGGGAAGGGCUGGACUGGGACCUCAUCUACGUGGGCCGGAAGCGCAUGCAAGUGGAACAGCCCGAGAAGGCCGUGCCGCGCGUGCGGAACCUGGUGGAGGCCGACUACUCGUACUGGACGCUGGCCUACGUGCUCUCCCUGCAAGGCGCGCGCAAGCUGCUGGCCGCCCAGCCGCUGUCCAAGAUGCUGCCGGUGGACGAGUUCCUGCCGGUCAUGUUCGACAAGCACCCGGUGUCCGAGUACAAAGCCCACUUCUCUCCACGCACGCUGCGCGCCUUCUCCGUGGAGCCGCUGCUCGUCUACCCGACGCACUACACGGGCGACGACGGCUACGUGAGCGACACGGAGACCUCGGUGCUGUGGAACAACGAGCAGGUCAAGACCGACUGGGACCGCGCCAAGUCCCAGAAGAUGCGCGAGCAGCAGGCGCUGAGCCGCGAGGCCACGAACUCGGACGUGCUGCAGUCCCCGCUGGACAGCGCUGCGCGCGACGAGCUCUGAACCGCCCUGGGGUGCCAGCCUCGCCCAGGGAGGUACCUGCCGUGGGCCAGCCCAGCCUGCCCCCGGGAGACGCACCUGCCACGGGCCACCUGCCAGGGCUGCCCCGCCGUAAGCUCUGAGAGGCCCUCGGGUGCCAGCCUCGUUCAGACUGGCAGCUGCCACGCACUGGGCUGGCACAGCCUCCGGGGAGGCACCGGCCUGCGGAGCCUCACGCACGGGCAUCCAGACCAUCAGGGACACGGCCUGGGGCUGCAGCCGCGUCCUCCCCCUGCACCUGCUCUCGGGCCCGGCUAGCGUCGGGCACCCUGGGGUCCGCGGGACCCGAGGGGGUUUCUGAUGAGACGGUGGGACCUGCUCUCGUCACACACGCACUGCAUUGCAAUCACUCGGUAUUUAUUGAAGACACGCGCUGUCUGGGAAUGGAGUGCAGACACUCUGGUUGAUUCGGCAAUACGCAGGGCCUCCCUGCAGGGGGCCGGGCGCUGCUCACACAAAUCUGUUUGCGAUGUGGCACGCGGAGUGGGCGCCUGCUGCUGACACGGUUUCAUGACUGCGUGUAUGCCGUUCCUGCUGUGUGCCAGCCCUCACGGAUGCCCAGUCUGCCUGGAGAAUCAGUGACUUCCAUCUCCCCGCACCCACCCCGUGUGCAGCUGGCAGUCACAGCCCCCACCACCUCCUCCUGGGACGCAGGGGCGCUGUGCCCCACCCAGGCUGCCUGCAGGAGUGCUAACGGGGGCUGAGCUGCCCCUGGCCCACCCGGCCCCGCGUGCUUCACGCCCCGGUGGCGUUGCACACGUGUGGGGCAGGAUGGGGGUCAGGGCUCGCCAGGGCUGGGCUCCCCCGGCGCCUCUCUGCCCGGGGUGCUGGGGGGCGGAGUCCUGACCCCGCUGUGCCUUCAGCCCCGCCCCUACGGCAGGAUGACCUCGGUGUGCUGCGCAGACCUGGAAAUGGCUGCUGUUGAUAUUUUAUGACUAUUAAAUGUUCCUCGUGGGUUUUAACUGA